AAUAAAGUUAACCACUAGCGGCAAUCAGUCGCUGCCGUGUGAAUUUAGAGUAAACAUCUUGUUCGAACUCAAUUAUUGCACAAAAAGAAAAAAAAAAUACAUUCCAAUUUUAAAAUAUUUUUAAAAAGUUGAAUGACGCUUGAAUAUCGCGCCAAAAUAACGGUGACGGGAAUGGCGGGAAAUGGUGAUGUAAUUAAAAAAUCUUUUAAUGGCUCCAGUGCUUUUGGAGUUAAUAAAAGGGCACAAGGUUCUAUCGCCAAAAAAGCUGAAGCAUAUUUACAAGCUGUGAGUCAGAGUCAAGGGCCUCCACCGAAGGUGGCCAAAGAAAAAACUCUGAAGUUGGAGGCGGUGUCGAGGGUGGCCGCUAUACCAAUAGUCGGCUCAAGCAUCGAUGUCACAGAGAAGUUAUACCAUAAAAUAAAGGAAUCAAACCGCCUCUUCCGCUGGUAUUUAAACCUAGGAGAGAAGUCUCUAGCAACUGGUGCUCAGCUGGCCCUGCCGGCGGUGAUGCUGUUCGAAGGUCCCAUCCACCAGUUAGACAAAUUCCUUUGCAAGUCUUUGGAUAUUGUGGAGAAGAGAGUGCCAUCUAUAUACCUUCCUCCGGAGACGAUGUAUUCCGAGACCCGGCGAUACGUGCGCCGGCGCGCCAACUCGGUGAAGCAACUGGGGACGGCGGUGCUGGAGUCGAGGGUCACAGCCGUGACGGCGACAGCACUGGACCGCGCGCUCACCACCGCCGACAAGUACGUCGACAAGUACCUGCCGCCCGACAACCAGGAUGCAUCUGAUGUGGUGAUCAUAGUGAGCGGGCCGGACGCGGCGGCGGCGGGGGGCGGGGAGGGCGCGGAGGGCGCGGAGGCGGAGGGGGAGGGGGGUCGCGCGCGCGCCGCGCAGGCCGUGCAGCACGGCGCGCGCCUGCGCAGGAAGCUGCAGCGCCGCCUCACCAGGCAGGCGCUGGCCGAGGCCAAGGCCAUCAAGGAACAGAUACACGUACUCGUCUACGUUGCUGAAUUGGUUGCAACAGAUCCAGCGCUAGCAUGGAAGAAAGCCAAAGAACUGUAUGCGUCGUUGAGCCAACCAGAGCCGGAGAACCAGGCGCGGCCGGCCACCCUCGAGGAAUUGAUGGUGUUGCUCGCGCGCGAAACCGCCAGAAAAGUAGUUCAUCUUGUCAACUACACUCACACGGAUUUGCCCAGGAAUGUGCGACAGGGCCUGUCGGUGAUCUCGAAGCACUUGUCCGCAACAGCAGACGCGGUCAUAAAGAGCGUGCCGGUGGAGAGUGCACUGGCGGAGGUCCGCGGCUUGCGCAGCAAACUGCAGGCGCUGCUGCAGCAGCUGCAGGCCGCCUCCAAGACUUACUUGGAACACUUGGCAAUAUUUCUGGCGGGGAACGAGGAGCGAGAGAAGAUCACGCCGCGGUCCGCGUACAACCAGCGGGAAGACCUUGCCAUCAACGGAGUCAACUGAAUGCAGGUUGGCCCUUUUUCUAAUAUAGAUAUUAAUCCUCGAAUGCGCCAUUGGAAUCUAACGAAGGAUAAUUACUCAUUAUUCUUAGGAGUUUAUAUUAUUUCAAUAAAUGACAUUUUUUUUUAUGUAGCUAACGAAGAAUUAUAUACAGAUUUAAAUUUUUUUUUCUUGGAAAAUUAAAACAAAUUAAUACAUAACAUGUACAUAAAGUUGGUUUUGAAAAAUAAAUCGUUACAAAAAUGUACUGACCGUAUUCAAAAAUAUACUUGUAAAAUUUUGGAAUUAUAAUUUAAUUAUCUCAUUAGAAAAAAAAACACCUAUUUAUGAAACAGCAUGGACCAUAUUUUUUUCUUUUUCUAGUAACAAAUAAGUUAUUGUUAAUUAUUAUUAAAUAGCAACUAUUUUAUAAAAUGUUUAGAGAGGUUAAUUUGAGAAAUAUUUAUAAUAAGUAUCUACGUACAAAGUUACCUAUCUGUAAUUAAAUAAAUUUAAAUUAAUCAAGUACCUACACAGACCCCCUUUACAACUUUAAGUUUUACUCACGUGAGUCCUUUACAUGCAUGUAAAUAUUAUAAGUUAAUUAAUUUUAAUGAACAAUAAGUUACAUUACAAGAAACUUCACUUUAACAAAUUUGUCAUAAAUUAAAUUAAGGCAGUCUGAAUAAAAUUAUAUAUAUAUAGCCACUUCAUUGAAAUAUACUGGAAUAUAUUUCAAAUCAAUUAAAUCCUUUAUAAAAUUUACUCGUGUAAGUGAAUGUCGUUGGUUAACUAACCAAUCGAUACAUUCACGACAUGUUACAUAUAAGAAUGUUUCCAUUUGUAAAUUCAUUGUAAGUUAUUUACGUAAGGUCGUGAGUAAAACAUACCUAAAUAUAAAGGGUGGUCGCCUAGUCUUAAGUUUUUGUUAUUUGCUUUUUCUGUUAUAUAUGUUAUAAUAUUGUUAAAGUAAUCAUUUUAAUCUCAAAGGGUUAUAUUUUAAGUCUGUUUAAAAUGACCUUAAGUUACUAAUCAUUAAUUGAUAUUAUUAAAUUAUUUUAAUAGUGCCUAUAUUAUUAGAAUUUUCUACGUUUCAUUAAGAGUGGAAUUAUAUUUUCUCCAUCGAUCAUUUAUUUUUUUAUUAUGUACCUAAUUAUUUAAUUAUUGAAUAAAUAAAAUUUAGACAGUA